AUGCCCCAUGGGCAGGCGGCAUUGCCGCCGCCCCCUCCUCGAAGACAGCAUGAUAUGCAUUACUCGCCAGGGCCACCAAAUAUUCGCUCGCCUCCCGUGUACAUGAACUACCACCCUCCCCCAGUCAACGGCCAUAUUCCUCCUGGGUAUGCCCAACAUUAUCCACCGCCAUGGUUCAAUGGAUACCCACAAAUGCAUCCUCCUCCCCCGGGCGCGACUCUACCCCCUGGUUCUCUUCCACGUCCAUAUCAGCCUCCAUACACGGCCCAUCCCCCGUUGAUAGUCUCGUCUUACCCGCACUCUCAGCCAGUCAUCGCUCCUAUCCACGCACCGCCAAAUACAUUUCCUCCUCUACCGAGCUCAUCGACUUCGACGCCUAUACAACACACCAUCUCUCCCCCGCCCAUUGCCCAGAUUCCUAUGCAAGGUCAAGAACGGCCCUCAUCUUCGGUACAAUCCGUCGUGUCGACCCCCAGUGCGGCAGUACCGUCCCCCCCGGUUCCAGAUGUCCCUAAAUCAUCGCCAUAUGCCCCAGAACUAUUCGUCGCACCUCUACCGUGGCUCUCCGUGCCAGACAAACCAUUUCCUCCCCGCGCCCCCCAUAGACGGCGCAGUGGUCGCUCGUUGAAAACGGCUGUCGAAUUUCCAACGAGAAAUAUAUCCUGGCAACAUGUCAAUAGGCUUGAGGAGCGACAAAUUCCCGUGCAAACCAAACAUGCAUAUACUACAGGCCCUGGCCCUUCUGAGCCACAGACUCCGACUACUUCCCAGGCCCCAUCAGAGUCAAACUCAACCCACCCUACCACUCCGUCUUCUGUGGUUCAACAAUCCUCUACUCGCUCUCGGGCCCAACCUCAGACUCAGACAAUAUCUUCAAAGCAGACUGCACCGUUGCUUCCAGUGGUCCCUAUUUUCCCACAAGCCUCCCAGACCACGAAACAAAUUCCAACUCCUCAAGAUCAAUUAGAUGACACUCAGACUAAUAAUGAGAAUACACCAACUCAUGUCAAGGAUGAGAUCGAAAACACAAGUGUGGCGUCCGACAAACCCUCAACACCGCCUAGGGCAACCCCGAAGUCGUGGGCCGAUCUAGUUCGCUCUAAAGCUCAGUCUCAUGUUUCCGAAGUCGCUGCCAGUGCUUCAACCGAGGUGGGAAAUGUACAGUCCUCUCGAAGCGAAUCACUAGUAGACGUGCUGAACAGCCUUGGUCCUAAUGUUGAACAAUAUGGAGAGAAGAUUGCUUUUCUUGAACCAAGGGGCCUUGUCAACACUGGUAACAUGUGCUAUAUGAACUCAGUCCUGCAAAUAUUGACAUUUUGCGUGCCCUUCUACCAAUUUCUAGAUUAUGUAGGGCGUCGUGCCGCCCACAGCUUCAAGAGCGACGUACCACUGAUUGAUUCAACAAUCAUGUUCAUGAGAGAGUUUCGAGUGAUCGAUGCAGCUCGAUCAGAAGACCAGUUGCGCAUGCGACUGAAACAUGGGGAACUAGAAGAGUACGGAAGUGCAUUCACACCUGAAUUUGUUUAUGAAGUCAUCCGCCAGCUUCCACGCUUUCGAGAUAUGAGGCGUGGUCAUCAACAAGAUGCUCAAGAAUUCCUCGGUUUCUUCUUGGAAGAACUGCAUGAAGAAUGCGCACAAGCCUUACAAGGCGCUACCCAAGUAGCCACAGACAAGUCUACUACCCCAGGAACCGAGACUGCUAUAUCUGAUUCUGGAGUUGAUGGGUGGCUCGAGGUUGGACAUAAGCAAAAAGCGGCUGUUACCCGGUCGUCUGGCGACAUUAACUUCGAGUCACCUAUUACCAAGAUUUUUGGUGGAAAAAUUCGAUCGGAAUUCAAAGUGCCCGGAAAUAAAAACUCUGUCACUUUAGAGCCUUAUCAACCUCUGCAGCUUGAUAUUGGGUCCCCAGAAGUCAACAAUAUCGUCGAUGCCUUGAGAGGCUUGACCAAGCCUGAGACAAUCCAUGGCGAUUUCAAUUCUCCAAGAGGCUCCAAGGUGUCGGCUACCAAGCAAAUAUUUAUCGAAACCUUACCCCCCGUACUGAUCCUUCAUCUCAAGCGAUUCCAAUAUGACAGUGUCACAAAAGGCACACAAAAGAUCUGGAAAAAAAUUGGAUAUCCUCUAGAGUUGGAGAUUCCUCGCGAAGUUUUCCCUUCUCACCGACGCAAUGCCAUGGCCAUCCACAGCGCGCUUCCUAAGUACCGGCUUAUCGGAGUCAUCUACCAUCACGGAAAAAAUGCCAGUGGCGGUCAUUAUACAGUAGACGUGCGGCGUCAGGAUGGCCGCGAGUGGAUUCGCAUGGACGAUACUGUUAUUCGCCGCGUACGCAGUGAAGAUGUCGCUGAAGCAGGAAGCGAAGAAGAUCCUAAAGUCCUUGCUGCUGCAUUGGAACAACACAAACGGGACCGUAACCCAAAUAUCUACGAACAGAUUGAUCAGGAUGAGCAGACAGAUGAUGAAAAGGGAUGGAGUCAAGUCAAUGCACCGGGGUCCAGUGGGCAUUCAAGCAAAAAAUCCAUCAAUCCCGUGCCGAAUGGUGUCUCGUCCCCGGCAACGUCGGCAAACUCGCCUGGCACUAGAACACCCCUUGGUCGAUAUGGAUCCCGCGAUAACAAGGUUGCAUAUCUUCUGUUCUAUCAGCGUAUUUCUUCGGCUUGA